AAUGACGUCAAAAGAUUUUGAGUUUUCGCACGAACUGAGCAAGCUGGCUUGCUCUCUAAAGUUGAAAUUGCUUCGUCAAAUUGUGUUUCUGUUCAGAAAUUGAAGUGUUGCUAAAUGUCGCAACAUUAAUAGAAAAGAAUGGCGUGCAAAGAUAGUGGGUCGGACAGAUUUGAGUAUUUGCAGAACCUUGUGACAGAGUUUCAGGACACCGACUGUGAAGAGUCAAAGGAGCAGGUUUUAGCCAACCUGGCUAACUUUGCCUAUGACCCACGAAACAUGGAAGAUUUGAGGAGGCUGCAAGUAACAGAACUGUUUUUGGACAUGCUGACAGAGGAAAACGAAAAUUUCGUGGAGUUUGGAAUCGGAGGUUUGUGCAACAUGAGCAUGGAACGCGAGUCCCGCGAUGAGAUCCUGCGCAGCGGUGGCAUUGAUUUGGUGAAGAACUGUCUCUCCAGUCGACGAGACGAGACCGUACUCUCCGCCAUCACUACCCUGAUGAACCUUACAACGGCGAGUUCGCGCAGCCUUACCACCGACGAGGCGGUGGUGCAGUGCAUGGUACGUCUCUCGCUCUCGGAGAACCCUCGAAUGCGCAAUCUGGCGACUGUUUACCUGGAGGACUAUUGCCCGGUGGAGCAGGUGCGGAGGGUCAGAGAAGAGAACCAAGGACAAUGCCAAUCCGCGCUUGGGAUCCCCCUUCCGAAGAACUAGAACUUAUGUGGUUGCAUUGUCAAUUGCACUGUAUCGUGAAUACCACAAGGACGGGGAACGCAGUUUGCAUUUAUGUGGUCCAGGACAAAAAUACUUCAAAUUCAACUGUUUAUAUCCUCACAACGUCAUGUUUGUCAUUGAUUAUUUAAAUGUGGGUAGUUGUCUAAAUGCAAAAUAUUUCACUUGUGGACCUGCAUUUGCAAUGAUUUGCCAUUUUGUAGAAAGGAGAAAUACUCUAGUAGUUGUGGUCGGGGGACUGUAAUGCCCAACAAGAACACUUGGGGGAGACUGCUGCAUCUGUGAUUUAGAUUGAGGUUGGUAAGUGUGCAGAACUUCCUCAGUCCUCAAAGGCUGCAAGGUUACAUCAUCUGCAGCAUUUCAUAACCAGCUGUCACUGAAAGACUUUAUUGAGUUAGCCACUAAACAACUAUACCAAGAGGAAGAAAUACAAAAUAGACUGUCCACUUGGUUUAAACAUUGUUUUAAAUGUUUAAAUAAAUUGCGUU